AUGAUGAUUUCCCGCGCUUUGUUUGUGCUCGGCCUCAGUCUUCACUUCAUAUUCGCACCGACCGCCUACGCGAACGAUAAUCUUGAAGCCGAAUUGGAACAGACGAAAGCACUAUGUGAGGUGGCGAAACAACUGCGUAAACUUCCGCUACUGACGGAAGAGCGGAGGUUCGAGGCUGUAGGCGCAUUGGAGGAAAGCAAAAAAGCAGCGAAGGAAGGCAAAAAGGCCGCGAAGCGUGCGGAGGCGGGUGCCGUUGGCGGCACAUCGGAACAGCAGCAGGCUGCAAAGAGAGCUCGGGAGGCCGCCACGGUGGCGUAUGAGGCAUCUGUACGUGCCGAAGCAGCAGCGAUGGAAGUAAAACGCUUCGCCCGGGCGCUUGACAGCUUUGAGAGUGAAUAUGAAAGUGUCUUCAGUGGUUUGCUGAGGGGCGCCGCGGAGCACGGAGGGAAUGAAACAAUUAAGCAGUUGGCUAAAGAAUGUGCCACCGCUGUUGCUGACGACGUCACGCCAGAAGCGCUUACGAGAGCGGCUCACAACCUGAGAGGGCUGUACAUGCAAGAUUUCGCUGAGGAAUACCUCCAGGAGGCGAAUGAAGCGGCUAAUAAACUGGAGGAGCUUCAGAAAGCUACCGCUGAGACUGUUAGGGCUGCCGAUGCAGCUGAUGAUGCCAAGAGUGAGGCACAAGAAGAGGCAGCUCAGUUCCCUGAAAUCGAUGAUGACGACUCCGAUGAAGAUAAGGAAGAUGAAGCGAGUGGGGCUGUGGGUACUUCAAUGAAAUUCCUUCUCGUAAUGCUUGCCGCCACGGCCCUCUCUUUCUAA